AAUACAAUACAAGCGUAUUAUUUAUUAUUGUUUCAAAACCUCUUCUCAUAACAUUAUUUCUCCGUUCACUCUCUCUAAGCAAUCUCAAAAAAUGGCAACUAUAGUUUUGUAUCCAUCGCCGGGUGUGGGACACCUCAUUUCUAUGGUGGAGCUCGGAAAAUUUAUCACCAAACACCACCCUUCCUUCUCCAUCGUCGUCCUCACUCUCAUCCCCUCCUUCAACACCGGCACCACCGCCGCCUAUGUCCGCCACAUCUCUGCCAUCUUCCCCGCCAUCACCUUCCACCACCUCCCUGACAUCCCUCUUGACCCCCUACAAUUCCCUUCAAUGGAAGCCAUCAUCUUUGAGCUUAUUCGACGUAGCAACCCUAACGUCGAUCGCACUUUACAAUCAAUCUCUUCAUCUUCUAACAUCUCCGCCUUUGUUAUCGACUUCUUUUGCACGACAGUAAUGCCCGUGGCUGAUAAUUUAAACCUGCCGGUUUACUACUUCUUUACUUCCGGUGCAUGUUGCCUUGCACAAUUCCUUUACCUUCCGACAAUUCAUAAAACAACUACUAAAAGUUUUAAAGAUAUGAAUACACUCAUCCAUUCACCUGGGCUGCCGCCUAUACCAUCUUCAGAUAUGGUAGUCCCGCUACUUGAUAGAACUACUACAGAUUAUUCUGACUUUCUUGAAAUAUGCGAGCAUUUUCCAAAAUCAGCUGGAAUCAUCAUCAACACAUUUGAUUCGCUGGAGUCGAAGGCGAUUAAAGCCUUAAACGAUGGAGUUUGUGUCCCAGAUCAGCCUACGCCACCGGUCUACUGCGUGGGACCAUUGGUGGCGAGUGGUGGUGAUGGUUCGCACGAGUGUUUGAAUUGGCUGGAUUUGCAACCGAGUGGAAGUGUUGUAUAUUUGUGUUUUGGGAGUUUGGGUGCGUUUGCGAAUGAGCAGUUGAAUGAGAUAGCGAAGGGGUUGGAGAUGAGUGGAGUUCGGUUUCUUUGGGUGGUUAGAAGCCCGCCUUCAAACAAAAAAGAAGACCGGUUUCUACCACCGCCUGAGCCGGACUUGGAUGUACUGCUGCCAGAAGGUUUCGUGGAGCGUACGAAAAAUAGAGGGCUCGUGGUGAAGAACUGGGCGCCACAAGUGGCUGUUCUAAGCCACAAGUCUGUGGGCGGGUUUGUGACACACUGCGGGUGGAACUCCAUCUUGGAAGCCGUUUGUGCGGGGGUUCCAUUGGUGGCAUGGCCGCUGUACGCAGAACAAAAGUUGAAUAAGGUGGUGUUGACGCAUGACAUGAAGCUGGCACUACCGAUGGAUGAGUCAGAAGGUGGGAUGGUAACCGCGAUGGAGGUAGAGAAGCGGGUUAGACAGUUGAUGGAGGGGGAUGAAGGUAAAGUUGUUCGGGAGGUGGUGACCGCAAGAAAAGAGGAGGCUGCGAUGGCAUUGAGCGAGGGUGGGUCUUCUCGUGCGGCUCUGUCUAAGUUAGUUGCCUUGUGGUAGUACUGGUUCAUCUCCUAUUUGGUCAAGUCGCUACUAUAAUAAAUUAUCUGUAUUUCUCGGUGCUUAAGUCUUGUUAAGAUGGUCAAUAUCUGCUCUUGAGCACAUUAUAACAUACAUCUUUUAUCACUUAAAAUUAUUAUAAUAAAACAUUUCGUUGAAGUAUUCUAUUUUA